AUGGCUACCAAUUCCCCCAACCCGCUCCCUUUCGCCGAGCCGCCUUACCUCCGUGGCCUUCCUUCCCCAUACUAUACUGCAUCGCAUCUCGCCUUCCAGAAAAAAGCCCGUGCUUUCAUCUACGAGAAUCUGAGCAGACAUGCGCUCGACUAUGAGCGUGAUGGUAUCGUCCCUCAACACGUCUUUGACACGUUUGCCAAGAACAACAUGCUCAUUCCGAAUCUGCCAUCUCCUUUGCCCGUGCAGUGGUUGAAGAGACUAGGUAUCCAUGAUAUUCUGGGUGUUAAGGUUGAGGAGUGGGAUUAUCUGCACACCGGAAUUUACCUUGAUGAGAUGGGUCGAUCCGGUAUUGCCGGUCCUUCUGCAUCGCUCACUGCUGGAAUGGCCUAUGGCAUCCCGCCUCUCGUCAAAUAUGCAUCGCCUGAGCUUCAGGAGAGAGUACUACCAGACUUGUUGACCGGAAAGGCGAGAUCUUGUAUUGCCAUUACGGAACCCGAUGCCGGAAGCGAUGUCGCCAAUAUCACCACCGUUGCCGAGAAGUCACCAGAUGGAAAGGAAUAUAUCAUCAAUGGAACCAAGAAAUGGAUCACCAACGGUAUCUGGGCCGAAUACAGCACUAUGGCAGUCCGCACCGGGUCUCCCGGCUCCGGCGCAGCAGGCUUGUCCCUACUCGUAGUCCCCUUGAAGAACUACCCCGGCGUCUCAAUGCGUCCCAUCAAAGUCUGCGGCACCGAGACUUCAGGCACAACCUACAUCGAACUCGACGACGUGCGCGUCCCAGUCUCCAACUUAGUCGGCACCGAAGGCGCAGGUAUGAAAUAUAUCAUGACCAACUUCAACCACGAGCGACUCUCCAUCGCCGUAGGCGCAACCCGGCAGGCUCGAGUUGCAUUGUCGACUGCAUUCGACUACGUGCUCAAGCGCGAGGCGUUUUCAAAGCCGCUCAUCACGCAACCCGUCGUGCGACACCGACUCGCUAAGGCAGGCGCUGAACUAGAGUCUCUAUCCGCCUGGAUCGAGCAAUUCCUGUUCCAAAUGACAAAGCUGAAAAAGGAAGAUGCUGACCGUGAAUUGGGUGGUUUGACAGCUAUGGCCAAAGCCAAGGCCGGUAUGGUGCUGAAUGAAUGUUCGCAGACGGCUAUGCUGCUGUUCGGCGGUAAUGGUUUGACGCGUACUGGUCAGGGAGAGCUUAUUGAGCGGAUUUAUAGGGAUGUGCCCACGUCGAGGAUACCGGGUGGUUCGGAGGAUGUGUUGCUUGAUUUGGCGGUGAGGCAGUUGGUAAAGAUUUAUGAGGCUGGUAGAAAGCGAUUAGAACGGGAUGCUCAUAUUUAG